AGUCCCACCGCAUAUCAGAAAUGGUGCACCCUAGUCUGCUGUUUAGGUGGACCACAGGUCCCCAACUUCCUCAUUGGUUACCAUCGCACCGGGAAGCUGCAUAAAGUGAUCCGGUGCGGAGGGAAGCAUACGAGGAGGCUGUGAGGGAGAUAAAGGACAACACGUGUCGACUGGCGAUAAGGCAGAUAGAGAAGCUUUCAAGGUUAAAAGGGGCAGGGUGGAAACUACGGAAACUGGAUGCUACGGCGUCGUUUAGAGCAGUGAUGGCGUCGGGUUCAGAUAAACAAGAAUGGAGGCAACGAUGGGAAAGGGAAGUGGUGGAGCCAAGCGUGAAGAUUGGGAAGUGUUUCUUGGAGGAGUAGGUUUUCCAGCCGUUUCAGUUUGUUGGACAAUUUUCUGCCUCUCUUCCUCGGCUAAAACCAACUUUUAGUCCCUUACCUUACAAAAUUGGUAGAUUUUAGCCUCUAAUCUUAUAAUAUGACACUUUUAAUCUUUUAUCUUACAAAAUUAAUAGAUUUUAACCUCUUAC